UUUAAGAAGAGUCUUAUUGCCUCUGCUGAGAAAAUUGGUUCUAGACACUUCUGUCUGAAAAUAUGAAAGAAAAGGAAGAAUGUGUGUGGAUUUAAAAUUACUGUGUCUAUCAAGUUGUGGAGUGAGAAGUACUGGGGAAAUAGCUUGCUUUGUUGCUCAUUGUAGAUCUACUAUAAAUUGUUUCUGAUGCAGCUGAGAAAAAUGCAGACCCUUAAAAAGGAACACGGACCUGUUGACACAAGUAGCAAUGUGGACAAAAUCAUGGUACUGAAGUCUACUUUAGCAGAAGUGUCUGAAGAAUUGUCUACAAGUGAAGAUAUACUACUUACUGAAGCAAGUAGCGGAAAAAGCAAAUCUUCAGCUUGCCGGAGAAAGCGAGAAUUCAUUCCAGAUGAAAAGAAAGAUGCUAUGUAUUGGGAGAAAAGGCGGAAAAAUAACGAAGCUGCCAAAAGAUCUCGUGAAAAACGACGACUGAAUGACCUUGUCUUAGAGAACAAACUAAUUGCACUGGGAGAGGAGAAUGCCACUCUGAAGGCAGAGCUGCUUUCAUUGAAGCUGAAGUUUGGUUUAAUUAGUUCUGCAGCCUAUGCCCAAGAGAUACAGAAACUUAGUAGCUCAACAACUGUGUAUUUCCAAGACUACCAGAGUUCCAAAUCAAAUAUUAACUCAUUUGUAGAAGAACAUGAACCAUCUAUAGUUGGUAGCAGUUGUAUUUCUGUCAUUAAACAUUCUCCUCAAAGCUCCAUGUCUGAUGUGUCUGAAAUAUCAUCUGUAGAGCAUACUCAACCAAGCCGUAUACAAAGCAACUGCAGGAGUCCUGAAAAUAAGUUCCAGAUCAUAAAACAGGAGCCCAUGGAAUUAGAGAGAGAGCCAAGAGAUGACAGAGGUUCAUAUAAAGCAUCCAUAUAUCCAAACUACAUGGGAGCUACCUUUAACGUGUACUCACAUUCUCCUCCUCUCUUGCAAGUUAAUAGGUCCUCCAGUAAUUCCCCCAGAACAUCAGAAACUGAUGAUGGUGUAGUUGGAAAGUCAUCUGAUGGAGAAGACGAACAGCAGGUUCCUAAAGGUCCAAUCCAUUCCCCAGUUGAACAUAAAAAUGUUCAUGCAACAGUUAAAGUUCCAGAAGUGAAUUCUUCAGCUUUGCCCCACAAGCUUCGAAUCAAAGCCAAAGCCAUGCAAGUUAAAGUGGAAGCGAUGGAUAAUGACUAUGAUGCAACACAGAAAUUGUCAUCGCCCAUUGACAUGUCCUCAAAAAGACAUUUUGAGCUUGAAAAACAUGGUGCACAAAACUUGGUGCAUUCUUCUCACACUCCUUUCUCGGUUCAAGUGACUAACAUCCAAGACUGGUCACUUAAACCAGAGCUCUGGCAUCAGAAGGAACUCAAUGUAAAAAUUCAGAGUGGUUGCAAAACUGGAGUUGUUGAAAUAAAAGACAAUAUCUACAAUGUCUCUGAGUCAGAGAACCUGUAUUUGAAGCAGGGCAUAGCAAACUUAUCUGCAGAGGUUGCUUCCCUUAAAAGACUUAUAACUACACAACAAAUCUCCGCAUCAGACUCUGGUUAAGUUACUACUGAAUAAAAAGGCUUACUGUUUUAAAGGAUGUCAUUUGCAGUAGAUCAAUAUGUUUUGUAUUAUGCUGAAUUUUCACUGGACUUGUGAUGUCAUUUCACUGUAAUGUUCACAUAAUGUCUGAUUGGUGUCUUUGUGCACAAAUUAUUAUGAAGACUAGGUUGUGUUACGAUCACUAUGCCUUGUGUAUAGUCAAGUAGCCUGUACAAAGGCGUGUAUAUAGUGAACUUUAUUUUCUUUUUGUUCUACUAUAAAGUGUGCAAGUUACCAGUUACAAUAAAAUAUUGGUGACAAACACAGAA